AUGUCUCGAGCGUUUCUCCUCCUCCUCGCGCUAUCCGCGUUAUUAGCAGCAGCCGCCGGCGCCACUGCUGCGACUAAGCCCUCCCGCUCAGGCGGGAUCGCUCUGCGCGGCGGCGACGGGAGCGUGACCGGCGGGACGGCAACAGCUGCCGGGCGCGGCGGCAGCGGCGAUUCCCACGUCGUUUCGCACGGCGAUUCGCACGGCGAUUCCCGGCACGGCGGGAUUCCCGGCGGCGGGAGUGACGAGGAGAGGGAGGACGACGACAGAGGCCACGGCGGGCAUGGCGGCCGGGAGCAUGACAAGGACGAGGACGACUCGGCUGCUGAGGGCGACGGUGACAAUGAGGAUGGUAGCGACGAAGAUAACGAGCAUGACGGUGGCAGCAGCAGCCAUGGCGGCGGGCUGUGCGGGCGGGGCGGGUGCAGCAACGAUUCAGGCGAGGUGGGGUACUGGAAGCUGCCCGAUUAUGGCCGCUGCUCCAUCGGCACCGCCAGCACCAGCAGCGGUGGUGCGCCGAGGAAGGCGGACGAGGCGUGGUGUGCGGGUGCGGCGGUGGGCGUUAAAGAGUGCUGCAGCCGAUGCAGCAGCGUCAACGCCACGGUCGAUGGCACUCCGUUCAACUGCCGCCACUGGGUGCACAUCCCAUCUCCCAGCUCUCACGACCGUGGCAGCAGCGAACAGCGCGGCAAGUGCGUCCUCCUGCCGGCCGUCGACGCGCUCACGCCCGAGAGGGCCCGCAAGGGGCGGUGCGGCACCAACACGGGCGGCGACACGGUGCGCGUGGGGCGGCGGUGUGCGUACGGCGAGAACGACCCGCACUUCCUGGGCGCGCACGGCACGCGGUUUGACUUCAACGGGCUGCCAAGGCGCUCCUUCUGCCUCUACACCGACCGCCACGUGCACGUCAACAUGGCCAUGCGCGGCUAUCUCGACAAGCGCCCUCUUGCGCUUGCCCCCACUGCUGGUAACCGUAGCACGCUGGCUGCAGCUCGUUUUGUCAACGGCUCGGCUGUUCGCACGUGGAUCCGACAGCUCGCGAUCAUGUGGCACGACGGCGACAGCAGCAACAGCAACAGCAGCAUCAGCAGUGGCAGCGGAAGCGGCGCUAGUGCAAGCGAUGCUGCGUCGUCUCACUCUCUCGUGCUCACGGCACGGGAUGGCAAGGAGCAGACCCGCGGCGCACAAGGCUUCCUUGCAUCCGCCACUCUUGACGACAAGCCUCUCCCACGCCUGACCCUUGGCAGCAGCCACGUGCUCUCCAAUGGGCGGCUGAUUCUGUCCUUUGUUGGCCAAGAGAAGACCGGCCCGUUCGACGUGGACGUGUACACCCUCCGCCUGAAAAAUCUCCUGGAGCUCGAGCUGAAGCUGCGCGCGGCGCACCCUCUGUUGCAAACACCUGAGGACGCGCAGGUGCACAUCAACCUGAUGUUUGUGGACUCGAAUCCGAGCAGCCAGGUGCACGGGGUGAUGGGGCAGACGUACCGCAGCGGCAGGGAGCAGAGGACGAUGGAAUAUUCGAGGCUUGCGGCUCUGCUGCACCACCCUGUGUCGGUGGAUGGGGAGGAGGGGAAGGGGUUUCUGGAUGGGGAGGUGGGGGAUUAUGAGACGUCGGGUGUGACUGCUACUGACUGCAGGUUCAAUGCUUUCAAUGGCGGCCAGCUACCUUUGCAGGCUGAGUAA